AUGGACAGAUUUUAAAUUAGAGACAAAUUAACAACAAUAAAGAGACUUGAACAUAUGAAAUUUCUGACACAAGUAAUUAUGAUGAUCCAAAAGUUGUUCAAAUGAAAAAUAGUUAUUUAAAGAACAACAGUAAAUUUGAUUGGUAUGAAUUAGGUGUUUAGAACUAAUAUAUUUAAACAAAUUGUAAUAUAUUUAUUAUUUAUCAAAGUAGAAAUAUCAAGUAGAACUAGAGAAGAUUGUAUGCAUUAGAAACAUAUAAUGAUACAGAUUUUUUAUUUUUAUCUAUUUUCAGUUUAUUAAAUGAAAAAAGAGGAAUUAAUCAUAUCUAUUGUAAAUUUUUCAAUAAAUUCUUUAUAAAAACUCAGCAAAAGAAAUUUUAAUAAAAUAAAUGUGUAAAUUGGGAUAAAAAUAAUUUAGUGAAUUUAGUUUUCAUCAAUUAGUAUAACAUCAUUCACUAGAUUAGAAUUAAUGUAUAUUCUUCAAUUCAAAAGCAAUUAAAUGUUAAGUAAAAACAGAAGAUGAUGAAUAUACAUAUCUAGAAAAUCAAUUAGAUAUAAAACUGA